CAUUCGCUAAUGUACUUUUUUCCCCCCCAUCUUACUUUUUAAAUCUAAACCAAAAUAGAUUGCAACUAAUCUAAUAAAGUAAACAUGGCCUCCUCCGGUGGAACAAGAGCUUUUGCUCAAAAGUUAAGCAAACAAGGGGCUGCAGAAGUACGUCGGCAAGUUUCUUCAUCCAUUUGUUCAAGUCAAGACUUAAGCAGAAGUGCUAGUGUUCAGUCUAUAUCAAUUCACUCACAACCAACACAAGUGCCCCUAAAUGAUGUACCAGAACCUACAGACUUUGAAGAGUUCAUCCUUCACAAUCAAUGCUUGGUCGAGCGAGAUCCCUUUAAAGAUCUUCUUCUCUACCCAGAAGAUGACAUCCAAGUGCAUAAAGUUAACAAACAUUGUCGAACUAUUGAACCUAGCAGACCUGACCCAGGUACUGAUGUUGACCCACAUGUCAAAGAUUGUAUAUCAAGGUAUACAUCAGAUCAUACAGUCGUUGUUCGCAGAUACCAGCGUUUUAGUUCUAGUGCUUGCAGCAAAGAGCGUUUACCUGAGCAUGACACAUUUCAACAUGAGUAUGAAAUAGAUGUUGAUGAAAUUAGAGGAGAGGAGGAAAAGCAGGAUACAAACAAACGUCAAUCAAUACAUAUCAAUGAUACACCAAGAGGAAGCUGGGCAAGCUCAAUUUUUGAUUUGAAGCAGUCACAAGCAGACACACUUCUUCCAAAUUUAUUUGACAGAAUAAAAAAUGAAGAUGUUGAUAGAAAUAAUGAAAACCUGCGCCAGCAAAAUCGCUAUGAUAACAUCUUUAGUUUGUAUCCCAUGCAGGAUGAGGAAGAGGUUAUAGAACGGAGAAGUCCUCCUGAAGUUCCAAAAGAACACUUUGGUCACAGAAUUCUUGUCAAGUGUCUUCAGUUAACCUUAGAGAUGGAAGUGGAACCUAUAUUUGUCUCAAUGGCAUUGUAUGACUCAAGAGAAAGAAAAAAGAUUUCAGAAACGUUCCACUUUGACCUAAAUUCAGAGCAGACCUUGCGUUUGAUAAGUGGCCAUAUCACUCAUGCAGAUGUUUCUUCUGUGAGCAGAUCUUGUAUUUUCAGUAUAACCUAUCCCUCUCCGGAUGUUUUCCUGGUUGUAAAGCUUGAGAAAGUGUUACAACAAGGAGAUAUAAGUGAAUGUGCUGAGCCCUAUAUGAAAGAAGAUAAGUCAACAAAAGAAGAAAAAUACAGAAGUCAGGCUGUUCAGUUUUGUGAGAGACUUGGAAAAUAUAGAAUGCCCUUUGCAUGGACAGCCAUCUAUCUGAUGAACAUUGUGACAGGGGGGAGCAUGGAAAGGGAAAGCAGAAGAGAAGGAAGAGAAGCCAGUGUAGAGAAACGAACUCGUGAAGCCAGUGUAGAGAAAACAACUGAGCAUGAAAUGUCACGAGCAGCUAGCUUGGAUGCUGGUCCCAGUGACAGGAGAACUGGUUCUACUUCUGGUCAGUUUGACAGUUUCCGCAAGAGAUCCAAAGAUGAUAUGUCUGCUGGAAGAAGAGGAUCCUUGGAUCGAGGGCGCAGUGGUUAUGAAAAAUAUCGAAGCUAUUCACCAGACAGUUACAGUACAAGUAUGGACAACUUUCGUCCCGUGACUCUUACAGUCUCAAGCUUUUUUAAACAGGAAGGUGUCAAACUCAGUGAUGAAGAUUUGUACAAGUUCUUAGCUGAUUUGAAAAGACCAUCAUCUGUAUUGAAAAGAGUCAAGUGUGUCCCAGCCACACUUAAACUUGACAUUUGUCCAUGCCCAGAAGAACCACGUUACACACUAACGCCUGAACUACUUAAAGUGGAACCUUACCCUGAUGAUAAAGGGAGGCCCACUAAGGAAAUUUUAGAGUUUCCAUCUAGAGAAGUCUUUGUGCCUUACACCGUUUACAGAAACCUGUUGUAUGUAUAUCCUAAAAGUCUAAACUUCACCAACCGUCAGGGGUCUGCUCGUAAUCUGGCAGUCAAAGUUCAAUUUCUUGCAGUAGAGGAUGAAAAUUAUGCAUUGCCUGUAAUAUUUGGAAAAUCAAGUUGUCCAGAAUUUGCAAGGGAAUCAAUUGCUGCAGUUACCUAUCACAACAAGUCACCAGACUUUUAUGAAGAAGUCAAGAUGAAGCUUCCUGCCAAACUUACAGAAACUCAUCAUCUACUGUUUACAUUUUACCACAUCAGUUGCCAAGUAAAGAAAAAUGAACCAACUCCGACUGAAGUGCCUGUGGGAUAUACUUGGUUGCCUUUAUAUCGAGAUGGUCGUCUUACCAGUGGAGACUUUUUUUUACCAGUGUCAGUAGAUCGGCUACCCAAUGGCUACUCUCUUCAUCAUCCAGAUACUCAAGUUCACAGCAUGAAGUGGGUUGAUAAUCAUAAAGGGGUUUUCUUUGUCUCUUUGAAAGCUGUGUCUUCAGUGUUUUCUCAGGAUGAACACAUAGACAGAUUUAUGAAUCUCUACACAUCAGUACAAGAGCAGAAGUUGCCAGCUCGAAUGAAUGAAAUGGGCUUUGAGAAUGAACUCAAACGCAGUAUCAUGGAUAUCAAUAAUGCUAAAGGAGAGAAUUUAGUUCAGUUUUUACCUCUCAUUCUAGACAAAUUAAUAAGCCUCAUGGUUAGACCACCAUUAAUAGGGGGAACUAUUGUGAAUGUGGGCCAAGCUACCUUCGAAGCCAUUUCUCAAGUGGUACUCAGAGUCCAUGAUCUCCUUGAUGAGAAAAAUGAUCACAAUGGUAGAAACAUGUUGUUGGCCGCCUACAUUCAAUACAGUUUCAGUAUUCCAAACCUGGGUCUCAUCCAUCAAGGUUCUUCCCCUAAUAUUAGCAGUCCUCAUUCUCAAGGCUAUGCAACGCUUGGACGUCCAUCCUCUCUUCCUGUUUCCAAAGCAAAUUAUCAGCGUAGUUCGAGUAACCCUGACCUUGCAGGAAAUACACCAACUUCACCAGACAUGGAGUUCACUACAUUUGCUCGACCGCUGGAUCGUACUGGAAGCAUGAGAGGAGAGGAUCAAGUGAUGACCUUGCCUAAACUCAGAGGGAAAAAACUUGUCCAUGAGGAGUUAGCUUUGCAAUGGGUAGUUAGCAGUGGAUCAACAAGGGAACUUGCAUUAAAAAAUGCCUGGUUUUUCUUUGAAUUAAUGGUAAAAGCCAUGGCUGAGCAUCUUGAUCAAGUGGACAAAUUGUGUGCUCCAAGGCAGUUGCGUUUUCCCGAUCACUUUGUUGAUGAUGUCAGCUCCCUUGUUACUAUGAUUAUUAAAGAUAUUGUGGACAGAUAUGUUAAGGAACCACCUUUAAUCAAAGCUCUGAACACAAACCUGGCUUUUUUCCUUCAUGAUUUACUUUCUUUGAUGGACAGAGGUUUUGUCUUUCAACUUAUUAGACAAUAUUGUAGAGCAAUGUCUUCUAAGAUAAAACAGUUGUCAGACCCAACUAGUCUUAUGCUGCUCAGACUUGACUUUCUCAGAAUUGUUUGUAGCCAUGAGCAUUUCUUGCCUCUGAACUUAGCUUUUGGAACACCACUGGCAGCAUCUGGUCUUCACUCUCCGACCAGCAGUGUCAGUUCCCGCAGCUCCAUCACAUCUAGCACAACAUUGGUGGAUAGAUCCAAAGUCAGCUUUUACAGUUUAACGCCACAGUUUAGAAGUCAACACUUCCUUGUAGGAUUGGUCUUGUCUGAUCUGGCAAUCUCUUUUGAUGCAAGCAAUCCAGUUAUACAUAUGAGAGCCAUCAGUGUUCUACGCAACCUGCUGUUCAACCAUGACCUAGAUAUAAGGUAUACAGAUCCAGAAGUCAAGAGUAGACUAGCGACUCUGUACCUGCCAGUCAUUCCCAUAGUGUUAGAAGCACUGCCACAGCUCCAUGAUCCUGGUUUAGAAAGCAAAGUUAAGAGCAUCGGGUCCAUGUUGUUUGAUGAAGAAGGUGACAAAAUAAAUAAGAAUGUGGCUAUGGCUAUUGCAGGAUCAAACGUUGUUAGUCGCAUCCAUUCAUCUGCCAUAUCACAGUCAUAUGAUGAAUCUGUAGAUAAUAAUAAGGCUCGGAAAACACCCCUAAGCCCUGAAUCAUCUCGCAGUUUACUGCUCUGUUUCCUUUGGGUCUUGAAAAAUGCUAAACAGUCUCAAUUGAAAUCCUGGUGGUCAGAGCUACCUCUGAACAAACUGGCCAACUUACUGGAAGUGCUGUAUCUAGCUGUCUCCAACUUUGAAUAUAAGGCUAAAUGGGCAAUGCCCUCUCUAGAGAAAGGUUGGAGGAGGACCUGGUCUGAUGAGACUCUUGAAGAAUGGAAUGACAGGGCUGGUGAUCGGGGAAGUCCGAGUCCAACCCUUGGCCUUAUAGGUGGCACCUCACGACCGAAGAGUCACACCCUCCCAAAAUCACAGUCUCUGCAUGAGCAACUUUGGGAGGGUAUCCAGCGCAAGUCAGUGGAUUUCUUACGUGGAGGAAGUAACCUCCUGACCAGAACAAACAGUAAAGAGGACUCCCCAGCCCAACAGGGUAAGAGAAUGAUGACACCUUGUAGCCAACAAACUCUCAAGAAAAGUGUGGAUAUGAAGUCUCGACUAGAAGAGGCCAUCUUAGGAACAGGAAAUGCUAGAACUGAAAUGAUGUUAAGACGCAGGCAAAACUCUCAGACUUCAUUAUCAGGUCUUGGUGGCUCUCAAACUCCACCCCCUAACCUGGCUCCAGAGAGUGGCGGCUCAAGACUAAGAUGGCGUAAAGAUCAAGUGCAAUGGAGACAUUCUGUGGAGCUUUCAGAUAGUACUAGGCCUCAAGAACAUGAGCUUGAAGCUCAAGAUGAGAGCACUCUAGCAGCAGAAGUCAGCAUUAUUUGUUUGGAUAGUUUGGAACUAAUCAUUCAGAUUGCUCAAAACUCUGAAGUGCUUCAGCCAUUACUGGGCAGCUCUCUGAAAGUCUUACUUCACAUGCUUGCACUUAACCAAAGCUCAGUCGUGCUACAACAUCUGUUUUCCAGCCAGAGAGCUUUGGUCACUAAAUUUCUAGAUUUGUUGUUUGAGGAGGAAACUGAGCAGUGUGCCGAGCUUUGUCUGAGACUGCUGCGUCACUGUAGCUCUCCAAUAAGCAGCACUCGUUCCCAGGCAUCUGCUUCACUUUAUUUACUUAUGAGGCAAAACUUUGAGCUUGGAAACAACUUUGCCCGCGUCAAAAUGCAGGUGACGAUGUCUCUGAGCUCGUUGGUUGGUCAAAAUCAAACUUUCAAUGAGGAAUUUCUGAGAAAAUCUCUAAAAACCAUUUUGACAUAUGCAGAGCAGGACCAGGAUCUUGAAAACACAUCUUUUAGAGAACAGGUCAGAGACCUCGUGUUCAAUCUUCACAUGAUUUUGUCGGACACUGUCAAGAUGAAAGAAUUUGCAGAAGAUCCAGAGAUGUUACUAGAUCUGAUGUACAGGAUAGCUAAAGGUUAUCAGAAUUCUCCAGAUCUGAGACUUACCUGGUUACAGAACAUGGCCAGAGAUCACAGCAAGCGAGGCAACCAUGCUGAAGCAGCCCAGUGUUUGAUUCAUGCUGCUGGUUUAGUUGCUGAAUAUUUAAACAUGUUGGAAGACAAGCCUUACCUCCCUGUUGGGUGUGUUGCUUUUGAGAAAAUCACUCCUAAUGUUCUUGAGGAAAGUGCUGUUUCUGAUGAUGUAGUUUCCCCUGAUGAAGAAGGAAUCUGUACUGGAAUGUAUUUCACAGAGAAUGGAUUAGUUGGUCUUCUGGAACAAGCAGCUAGUUCUUUUAAUAUGGCUGGUAUGUUUGAAGCAGUAAAUGAAGUCUACAAACUUAUGAUACCCAUCUAUGAGAACAACAGAGAUUUCAAGAAACUAGCACAUGUUCAUCAAAAACUGCACGAAGCAUUUACCAACGUCACUCGUCAGGAAGGCAAGCGUGUAUUUGGCACAUACUUUCGUGUUGGUUUCUAUGGAAGCAAGUUUGGAGAUCUGGCUGGGGAAGAGUUUAUCUAUAAAGAACAUAUGAUUACAAAACUGCCAGAGAUCUCUCAUCGGUUAGAGAGCUUUUAUGGUGAGAGAUUUGGUCAUGAAUUUGUAGAGACUUUAAAAGAUUCUAACACAGUUGAGAAAGAUAAACUGGAUCCAGAUAAGGCCUACAUUCAGAUCACUUAUGUUGAGCCAUACUUUGACAGCUAUGAAUACAAGGACAGAAUUACAUAUUUUGACAAAAAUUAUAAGCUCAAGAGGUUUAUCUAUGCAACACCUUUCACUUUGGAUGGACGGGCUCAUGGUGAACUGCAUGAACAGUAUAAAAGAAAGACCAUUCUUACCACCAACCAUUUCUUCCCUUACAUCAAGACUCGAGUUAGUGUCAUUGAAAGACAGCAGGUGAUCCUUUCUCCUGUGGAAGUAGCAAUUGAGGACAUCCAAAAGAAGACCAGAGAGCUUGCAAUGGCCAUGGCACAGGAACCACCUGACACCAAAAUCUUACAGAUGGUACUUCAAGGAUGCAUUGGAACCACUGUCAAUCAGGGUCCUCUGGAAGUUGCACUUGUGUUCCUGAGUGAUAUUGCUGAAGGCAAAACUUUACCUUCCAAAGCUCAUACAAAACUGCGUCUUUGUUUCAAGGAUUUUCUGAAGAAAUGUGGAGAUGCUCUUCUCAAGAACAAGUCAUUAAUUACACCUGAACAAAAGGAGUAUCAGAGGGAAUUAGAGAGGAACUAUCACUCAUUUAGAGAAAAGAUUAGCCCAAUGAUUUCAACAGCUUUGUUAAGAAAAUCACGACAUCACAAAAGCAGUAAAGAAGGCAAAGAAUCUCGAAGCAAGCGACAUUCAUCUGAUCAAAACUCAACAGUUUGCUGAACUAAGAGUGUGUUUCUUGACAAGUUGUCACUAAUUUCACAUCAGUGAUAUUACAAAAAAAUAGAUACUUAUUGACAGUUUGUCCACUAUAUUAUUCAUUUUGUAUAUGAAUUUUUUAAAAUGUCUAUUUAGCUGGUCUGAAUCUGUUAUUGUUCUCUAAAAAAUGCUUUUUCUAGACAUCUUCUUUUAUUAGGUGUGUAUAUAAUGCAAUUUGAUUGUCUCAAUGUUACUUUUAUUUUCUUGCCUACACUACAAGUGCUAUUGCCAUUUUAUUAGUUUUUGUAACUUAAAAAAAACAAAACUACUUCACAAUUAGAAAUCCAAGAGUCAUGAAAUUUUGGAUAUUACAAAUCUUAUGUAAGUCUGUCAAGGCUGAUAGAAAUUGAAGUAUGAAUAUAGCUUUCUUAGUCAUUUUGUUCCCUUUGCUUGUAGUUUGUUGUUACUUUCUGACAGUGUCCUUUUAAAAUUACAAUGGCAGUAAGAAGAGAUGAUCACAUUUUAGUUUCAGAUUAUCCUGUUUCAGGAAUACUGCUGCUAUUGAUUAUACUAGAACUGGUCAGGAAUCAAAUGAUGUACAUAGAAGUUUUGUUUUCUUGGCUUCAAAUAGUGUUUGUGACACAUUUGUGUUACUCUGUUGUUUAGAUCUAUAUGCAAAAUCUGUAACAUAACAAUUAUAAAUAAUGGAACUUUUUUAGAUUAACUGUCAUUUUAGCUCUCGUGUUUUUGUUUGUAAUGUUGUUACAGCGCCUUGAGCCUACAUUUUGUUUGUUAACAGCGCUUUAUAAAUAAAAUUAUUAUUAUUAUUUUACUCUCUACUGAAUUAUCUUGUUUAAAAAUUGUGUUUCCCCUGGAGACUAUAAGAUCAAAAGAAAGCCUAAUUACUUAUGUUGGCUUGAUGUAACCAGCACAAAGACCAAUCAGCUUUCCUAAGAAGUUACUCAAUUUAGAUCUGACUAUAA